GUAGAAUUGAAAACAUAAAUUGUUGUGUUGGAAUAAUGCCUAUGAUUGUCAAGGCUUGAACGUGAUAUGUCGACAAAUGGUGAGAGGAAAUCAAGAAAAGAAAAAAUUGUUCGCCAAAAUGGGAACAACGACAGAAAAAGGGAUACUAAAUCUCAAAUUAAACAGUCUAAUAAGCUCGACAUGAAGGUGAAAACGAAAGGCAAGGAAAAGCGUGAAAAAUCCAAACAAAGAACUGUCCCUACUAUUGAUUCGGAAGACAAAACGUACGAUGCAGACAAGAAUGAAUUUAAGGAAACUAAAUUUCCGCCGCUUGAAUGGGAACAUUCACUUAUUGGUAGAAAUAAGAGAACAGUGAGUGAAUCGGGUGAGUUAGUUUGCAAAGAAGACCUACUUGCGGUUCCAUUCACAAGAGUGAGGCGGCACAGUUCAGCGUCCCCGGUUAGAUCAAUUGUUGAUCUGGACGAUAGCAGCGAUGACAUGAUUGAUAUUUCUGAAGAGAUCAGUAAGCGGCUGAGAGAGAUCUGCCAAAGGAGACGGUGUUCGGAAACAAGACAAAAGGACUUUGAAGAUAGACAAGAACAACUGGCAAAUCGUUGUAGAAAAUUGGAACGGCGAAGGAGUGAUCGAGUUGCAAAUUUCUUUGCUAAUAUAACAGAACAAAAUGACUCAAAAUGAUUUACAUAG